CGCUUUGCUGCUGAGCACCGCAGCGGAAAAGGGACGCGUCGUGUAUCCCGUGCCCGGCCCCGGGCCCUUCCCUCCUCCUCGCACGCAGCCCCCUCUCCUGUAAUCCUCUCCCACACCCCCGCUGACUCACGCGACGCGCGCGACGACGCGGCAGAGAGAAAGCCAGGAACUCCAUAAAGCUUUCGGUUUCGGAAGCCAAAGCCACUCCACACCUCUCUCCACUGCUAGCGAAGGGAGGCCAGCAAUGGCGCGUCGCGGGCCGUGACGGGCGUCGCUGGAGACGGGGACAAGAAUGGCUGCCGUGGCGCGCGGGCCUGCGAUGGCCCCGGUGGCUGUGCAAGGGGCGAGGGCGGCUGCUGCUGCUGCCGCGGCCGCGGCCGCUGCGGCGGAGGAGAUGCGGUGGCGGCAGCUAGACAGCGGCGUGAGCGCGGUGUCGUUCGGGUUCGUGGCCACCGCCAUCCUCGUGUCCAUGUUCCUCGCCAUGGCCAUCCUCGAGCACUUCCUCCGGCCCCCGGCACACGCGCCCGGGCACGGGAACGGGCACGCGCCGCCCCGGGGGAUCCUCCGCCGCCUCCGCCUCUUCCUCGGCCGCGGCGGCGAGCGCGGCGCCGGCCCCGGCGCGGAUCUCGAGGCGUCGAGGAAGCUCCAAGGCCACGCGCCCCUCGAGAUACCUGUUUACCCCAAAGGCGUCUCAGUUCUGAUGCCAGGGCAAGACAUGCCAACGUUCAUCGCGCAUCCUGCACCUGCUCCCUGCCCACCAGAGAGGAUCCAAUGGCCAUCACACCAGUCUCCUCCUUUCGCUGGCUCCUUGUCAAACCCUAGCUAGGGUUGCUGUAGCGCACACACCACAUUCAGAGGGCCGGCUGCUGUCAGUCACCCACCAAAGUAUGUAGAGGAGCAGCCGUGUGCUCUGUGGCUGUGUUGCCGAUGAUCCACUCCGUCUCUGGUGGCUCGGGAGCAUGACAGCCAAGACAGGCUCUCUCCUUCCCCCUGUCUGUAUCUGUACAGGUUUAGGUCUUGUUCUGAAGCAAGUUUUAUGCUGCUGCCCCCUGCUGCUGCAUUGUGGCGGGCGAGCGGCGGCUGGUGGAUCCGUGGAGCUAUUGUUGCUGAUCCCACUUGCUGUGUGUUCGUAGAUGCCUGAUGCCUGGUGGAGCAUGUAAUGUAAACACGCUUGGCAAAUGUGGACCUCCAGGUGUUUAAUUCCAGGAAGUCUUUUCGUCUGAUUCUC